AUGCCGCUGUGCCCCCUCCUGCUCGAGUUGCUCGAGCUCAGCGCGCUGUGCGCUCGUGUGCUGCUGGUCUGCCGGAGUGCAUCUGCUCAUGUGCUGGUGUUCCUGAUUGGUUUGUCCUGCCUUUCCGUGCCAGGACGAAGAAUGAGUCUGCUGACUGGCAUAAAGACAAGGCUUGGGCUCGUCGGGGUUAGUACGAAUGCCACAUCCCGUGGUGUUGCCCGUGAACGUUUAUCUAUUAUCUUGGCACAUCAGCGAGGAGACGUGCUGCUCGAGGGUAUCGACCUCAAGGCAUUACAGGCAGAGGUGUAUGAGUGCGUGAAGAAGUACAUCUCUGUGGAUGCGAGCAAGCCUAUCCAGCUUAGUGUGAAACAAGAUGGAGCCGUGGAUGUCUUCGAGAUGCAGGUUCACCUAGCGGGCGAGUCGUCUCAGCGAAAACGCGACGUGAAGCCAUGAUCUGCAUCACGUCACGCCGACGGACGGCCACCGGUGCUUUCGUAUUAAUAUUGUCCGAUACAGGAUCACACGUGUUGGUAACUGUGUGGAAUGGCUUAUGUAAAAAUUUGGAUAGCACUGCACACCUUGCGCCCCCAAAACAUUUAGUGUGCCAUUCAUUUAGAGGGGUGGCUGGUAGCCUAGUGGGGUGACCCGAUUACUUUCCGAAGGUGCAAGCCUACUCGUGGAGGCAGAAGCAUGCAUCGGUUGUUUUCCUUUGCCAUCCUCUUUC